CAGCGUGUAAUGUUGAGUGCAGUGUGGGGUUGGCUUUAGCCCACAGAGGAGUGGGAGCCUCCACUCUGGUUGGCUCUCACUCGGCUAACUCCAUUUUGGAACAACAGCUGUUGGAAGACACAACCUUUCGCCGUUGUUUGCUGACGGUACCGAAGGGAAGACGUCGGGUUUUUUUUUUUUUUUUUUUUUUACACUGCUUCGCCACCUUUCUUCGCUUUCGUCCGACUUCGGCCAGCUUCGUAUUUUGUUCCAGCGCCAGGAAACUUAACCAGGGGAUCCAUGGUGUUAAAUCUCAAUUGUAACAAGUGGAUGAGAGGAGCCGAGCGGAUCAAGGUGUAAUGAGAACGCUGGUCAUGGACAGAUGAUGGACGUGGAGGCGUCGUACUCCGAUUUCAUCAACUGUGAUCGCAGUGGCCGUAGGAAUGCAGUGCCUGACAUCGCAGGCGAGGAGAAAGUAGCGGCCAGCACCAGUGACGUCACUAAAGACUUGGCAGGGAUGGAGCUGAAGGAUGCAGGAGAGCCUGGGGCCUCUCCAGCCCCUGAGGCUGAGGGCUCCACCAGUGAAGAUGCCCAAGGAGGCGAAGGUCCGUCCUAAAAUGUGCCACACACUGAAGGUGGGCCAGAGGCAAAGAGACAGCAGUAGAGAGUGGAGGGAGAUGGAGGCAGCAUCUCUCACUGAUGGCUUGUUAGAAGCCUGCCGGCACCAGAUGGAUGGGAUGGUAUGAUUACAACCAGUAAGAAGUAGAACUGCUUCUCUUCUGCUUUGGACUCUGUUAGUCCCUUUAUAUUCCUGAUAUGACAAGAAAGCAAAGAGACUUUAGAUUUAUGUGAAAACUGAGCUCACACCAUUUUGAUUGGUCCAAACAUUCUCCCAGCCCAAUGUGGAGCUCUAUCAUGGAGGGUGACCUCAUUACCAUCCGUCAUUUUUUUUUCUCUCUAUGUGUUUGUGACCCUCACGACCUGUUACAUUAUCGAGUGUCGCCAGUUUUUAGUAUGAAACCUCGUCGCCAUUAUACCAUCAUGUAUGGACUUGGUACUUAUUGCUAAAUGUUCAGUGAUAACUUUGUGAUAGCGACUUUUCUUUAUGUAAUAAAAUACUUAUGACUCUAUGGUAAUGUUGGUGUUUUAUGGAUCCACAUGAGUCAGUAAGUUUGUGCUGAAUAUGGCAUAUGGAACAGCCCAGACAAGAUUGAACACCUCUUUAGUGCAGUUCUCCACAGACAUAAAUAUUAUUGAAUGCAGCUUUUGUGUACAUAAGGCGGCAACAUUUUCACUCAGCAUUGCCUCCUUUGUUCCCAUGUUUCCACCAUACAUAAACAAAAGAUGACACUGCAGUUUCUCUGCAAAGCUGUGUAGGGUUUUCCCUUUUCACCCAUUUCCCCUUGCAAAGCUCUGUUCUGCCUGACUAAAUAUUUCACAAUGAAGACAAAUUGAGGACGCAUAAAGAAAUACAGUACACUGCAGGCAAGUUUCUUAACAGUUUUAUUUUAGUCAAAGGUGUGUUGUCUUAAAUGUGGCAGUAAUAAAUGGAAGUGCUUUUUAUUAUUGAAACUACUGAACAAAUGUUUUCAAAUAAAUACAUACACCACA